AUGGUCCCCCCUUUGAUUUGUGAUCGAUCUCUCUUUUUAUCCCCGUUUCCAUUGUCCCUCUCUCUUGUCAUACCUUUGAUUUUUUCUAUUGCUCCCUCCAUACCUACACCUCCCUUGUCUCCCCCAAAGUUUUCUCUCCUCGUCUCUGUUUCUCUCUCUGUAUCUCUGGGGUUUCUGUCUGCCCUCCUUCUCGCCGUCAAGCUGGAUUUCCUGCAGGUGAAGCAUCUGAAGAGGAAGAGGAAGAGCAACUACAGUGUGAGAGAAACACAGACUCUCAUCAGGGAGAUCCACAAGAGGACGGAUGUGUUGUUUUCCAGACAGCAGAACACAGCCAUUAAUGAGCUGAAGAGACAGGCAUGGGAGGAGGUGGCACGGAGUGUUAAUGCACUGGGGGAGGGAGAGCUUCGCACUGCUGCCGAGGUGAAGCGUCGUUACCUGGACUGGCGUGCACUCAUUAAGAGAAAACAGCUCCGGGCUGAGCUCUCCCUCUCCUCCGCCUCAUCCUCGUCUGUGCCCCUGAAGACUGAGUACGAUCAGUCCUCCCCUGAGCAUGAGGCAGCUUCUCUGGGAUCGGGAUGUGACCAGCUGCUUGACCUCUCGGGGCUCUCGAAGGAUUGCCACUGUGACUGGCCGGAGCUGACGGGUCUUGGUGAGCCGAGUGGGCAGGCCAUGAUGGCUCCGCUGGGUGUGAAGAUGGAGGACGAUGUCAGUGAAUACAGACUGGAUGGUGAUGGUGAUAUAGGAGACGGAGAAAUAGAUGAAGAUGAUAUCCCCUCCCUCCUCAGUGACAUUGAGUCACGCGGUGAGGGGCACGUUGGUGAUGUUUACUCCCACGACUUGGACAUGCUCAGCUCCUCCAAGGCCCCAACUUCUACCACCAACAGAGACCUGCCCCUCGCUGGUGGCAUGAUGGGGAUGCCUGCCCAUGCUCUGGGUGCUCUGAACAAUCAUGACAACACGGGGACGGGUUUUCUGGUUGUUGUUGAGAAACAGCGAUUAGAGCUGGAAAAACAGCGCCUGGCUGUGGAAACCGAACGCCUGGCAGUGGAGAAAGAGCGGCUGGUGGUGGAGAAGGAGCGACUUCGUCAGAUGGAGGUGGAGAGGGAGAGACUGCAGCUGGAGAGGGAGAGGUUACAGGUGGAGAGGGAGAGGCUGAGGCUUCUGCUCCUCAGUCAUUCAGAGCAUUCUGACUCCUCCUUAAACCUACCACCACAACAAGGCCCGCCCUCGUCCUCCACGCCUUCUUUAUCCUCCACCCAGGAUGGGCAGAGGGAGAGAGAGAAAGAAAGUCAAGGCUGGAUGCCAGUAGUGAAUCUGGAGACAGAGAGGCUAAAACUGGAGAAGGAGAGACUGCAGCUGGAGAAAGAGAGGCUGCAGUUCUUCAAAUUUGAGGCUGGCAGACUGCAGAUUGAGAGAGAACGCCUCCAAGUGGAGAAGGAGAGAAUGCAGCUGCACAAAGAUCAUUAGAGCCGCUGAGACGAGGGAGAGAGAGAGAUGAAUACAUUAGAUUUUCACCAGCUUCAGGGGUGCUUUUAAUACUGAAAACAACCCAGAAUGUGAGGAUUUCCAUCAGCAGCUGCUCCCUUAUCAAGCUCCCCACACACAUAUCCUUAAGGAAGACGUGAGGCCAUUAAAAUGAUCAUUCCUGACUGGAACUCGGCCAAGGAGAAGACUGAGAUGAAGGGCUGGCAUAUUUACGACCACCAUGAUAAAGCUGUGCCUUACGAUGUCUUCAUAAAAUGGGUGACAGGACGGGGAAGAUGCCAUGAUGAUAAAAUGUAGAAUUUGUUGGGCACAUGCAGCCGGUUAGCCCUGAACAUGAUUUAUAAAAUGUUCAGCGCCUCAUCUAAAUACAGUAACAUACAAAAUGUGCUGUACAAAAAAAUUAAAUGCUGGGAUAUCAAUGCAACACAUGCAUACAAGUGUAGCAAUGUUUUCAUGAUGUAUAGACUGAAUCACAGUGACACUGGGCUAACAACAAUCACUUCCAGGUAGACAACCGGCCAUUGAUUUCAAUUGUGGCGAUAUGGACAAUUGGCAGACUCGUUUAUUUCUGUCACCAUUUUCAGCCGUGACUGUAAUGUAUAUAGCUAAACUAAAAAAAUUAAUAUCAGUGUAAGUAAACAUGAUAUUUGGAUUAUUUGUUCUCCACUUCUCCAUAUCAGCCCGAUUACGCAGUGUCUUACAUUGCUGGCUUGGAUCGUGAACAACAGUGAGUGUCGUGCGCGAUAAUCCAUCGUUUUAUCUCAUGUAGUGUGACAAAGUAGACGACAACCGAUGCCACGUCUGGGAUGCCUCACGACAUCCUGACAGAAAGUCUAGCGUGUUUGAUUUUCUUUUCGUUCACGACUUCUCCCGUCACAACUGUCACUUUGACCAAUAGAAACACAGAGCAAUCUGCUGCCAUGGACAACUGUAUGUCUACAACACCCCAGCUUUAUUAAUAUUUCCUCUGGGGACGUUACCAGGUCAGAAUAAAAAAGGAAAAAUACUGGCAUGAAACAGCAGAGGCACUUUAGCAACCAGGUGAGUACUGCUAUUAGCAUCAAGCUAGCAAAAAAUUGUUAUUUCUUUAUAAUGGAGGAUAUAAAGUGAUAAAAUUAAAAAAUAGAGGCAGGAAUUUUACUUACCACAACUGCCAACACAUUCUCACUCCGACCUCGUCACAUAUUGAUUUCCACGUCCACAUACGGUGUGCAAGGUACCCAGGGUGCGUUGAUUGGUGAUGUUCUGGGACACCAUGUCAAGUUCUGCCUGUUACAUGCAUUGUCUUCUUUCAAAAUAUACUUCUGUUUUCAUAGGCGUCUCUCCCCAUUUACAUACGGUCUCUUUAACAAAAAAACAAAAACGCACUAUGUCAGUACAACACCGCAAAUUGCCGUUUUUUUUUUCCCUUCAACAACAAACGCACAUGGCUGGGUUUAGGCAACAAAAACACGUGGUUAGGUUUGGCUUCAGAAACUUAUAGGAUGCGAACACUGCUCUCUCAGGUCAAAGUCCGUGUUUGUUGUAUUUUUUACUUUUAAUCUGCUCCUGUUUGCCUUGUUAAAGUUAAUGCAUCGUGCUGUCUUUCAAACUCAACACUUCCUGUAUCUGUUUAAAAUUAAAAGCCCCAUAUAAUUUUGGCUGAAAUAAUCCCUUGAUUUUCAAAACAGGCUUUUAUUGUGAAACAUUUGGAGGAACUUGUUGUGGAGGAUUCAGUGACUUGUAUAAUUUGCGUGUGGUUCUUCAAAUAUAGCUCCUGCCAUCUGGUGGUGCGUUUUAUGUUACUAUAGUAACAUUUUGGCGGGCAAAUGAACAGCCACGGUGACUGAAAUAAUAGCAAUAAUAAUAAAAAUAGGACAAGACUAACCUGAUGACAUCACACAUGUCGUAAAAGACGACCAGGGAUAAUUGGUGUGAACCAACGUGUGGUCUGUCAUGUCUGUCGGUCAAGUCACGGCACGAUUUUAUGACUCCACAAUCACCUGAUCAGACAUAGUGAUGGUCGGAACAGACAAAGAUGUCGUGUAGUGUGAACCCGGCAUAACUGAUCGAGACAGUGGUGGACCAGCAACUUCUGUGUUCUGCGAAGUAAAAUUACUGUUGUUGUCAAUAGAGUCUGCUGGCUUUAAAAUAAUGGCUUCAGUUCCCCAUCUGGGGCUGUCUAAAGUCAAGGUAAAGCCGGUGAAAAUAUUCUUAAUAUAGCAUACACUUAAACUGAUAUUGAUUUUUUAGGUGGCUAAAAACCAAUCAGUUGAGGCAGCAUUUGCUUAGUGCCAUUUGAUUUUAUGUACAUAACGCAAGGGUUUUCUACCUGGAAGUUACUGCAAACAAACUUUGGGAUUCAGUCUAUAUGAAAAAUUGAAUCAUGAUGUCUUACUUUACAUUUAUGCACCAAACCAGUGCCAAUUUAUUUACUGCAUGUGUCUGUAUAAUUCAUAAUCCAUCUUAAAAAAAUUCUAUUGUUACUUGUACAGAGAGAUUUUUAUGCUAUUUAUGUUUUGCGGUCAAGUGCUUGUGUUAAAAUAUGGUUUACAUGGUAAUGCUUGUGACUUAGUGCAUUCCUCCACCAGUGUUAAACAGAUAUUUCAUUUUUGCCUGUCAUAAUAUGAAAAGCACAGGCGUUAAUAAUGACAUUAAUGACCCCCUGUUCUCUUUACACGUCCCAGUAAGACAGUGUGACAGCAACCCAGCAUGCUCAGUACCUUAAAGUGAAGCAGCUAAAUGGAAUCCAGUCAUUAAUUUGAUUAUUUACACCUGUGCUUUCCUACUGUGACAUGUCAAAAUGUCUUCUGUGAAAUAAGGCCUAUUAAAAUGUGAUGUUUUUGCCAUUAAGAUUUGUGGCCUUGGAGCUGCAGGUGCUCAUCUGUGAUGAGCAGGUGCUGGGAGUUUGGCGUGCAUGUCGUAAAAUGAAACUGAAAUAUUCCUUUGAUGGCUGUUUUUCUCCUGUGAAAUGUUACUGGCUACUGAAAACUAUACUCUGCUACUGUGUACUGAAGGUUAUGUCUCCCACACACCACACACACAAUGUCUUUUAUGAUGUAAUGAGUCACCCCUUUUUUAAUGUUUGCCCUUUAACACCAGUUUGUCUCUUAAAACAACUUCAGGUGACAUCACUGGCCUACCAGCCCUAUUUUAUUAUUCUGUUAUGUUACAUCAUUUUA